AACAAAUAAUUGAAGAAGAAGGAAACAGUCAGAAUAUUUUAAUGGAAAUCCGUCCGGGAGCCGGAGGAGAUGAGGCCGGCUUAUUUGUGAACGAUUUAUAUUUCGAAAUGGUGGAAAGUAGAGUAGGUUAUGAAGGCAGUUUCUCGAAUGUUGCUUUUCUGAUAAAGGGAGAAGGAGUUUUUAACUAUUUGAAAAAUGAAGCCGGGGUGCAUCGUGUCCAAAGAAUUCCUCGCACGGGAAAAAAUGAUAAAUUACAUACCUCUACCGCCACGGUGGUCGUUUUGCCAGAACCCCAAGAUAUAAUUCUUAAUAUUCGCCCCCAGGAUUUAAAGGUUGAAACUUAUAAUUCAGGCGGUCCCGGCGGACAACAUGCUAAUAAAACUGCCUCGGCAGUGCGGAUUACCCACCUACCGACUAAGAUAGUGGCAACUUCCCAAGAUGGUCGCGACCAGCGAGUUAACCGAGAAAGAGCAUUAUUCGUUCUCAAAACCCGGCUUUCGGAAAAAUUGCAGACUGAAAAGGAAAAAGAAGUUGGGGACUUGCGUUCAACUAUGAUUGGCACCGCCGAGCGUUCGGAAAAUUUCCGCACUUACAAUUUUCCCGAUAAUCGAAUAACUGAUAAACGUUUGAAAAUAAAAUUGAAUAAUAAACUUGACUUUGUGAUGGAAGGAGAUUUAGAAGAAAUAUGUCAAAAAUCGAUUGAUUAUGAAGCAAGGAAAGAUGGAAUUGACUGGAAGCAGGAAAAGAAUAUAACUUCACGGUGGAAGAAGUUUGUAAAAUAUUCAUAUAUGACUAACCUUGAAAAAAAUGAAUUAGCAGAAAUAGGAGUUCAAUUUGGCGGUCCCGUUCGGUGGCGUAAUCCGCAAAUGCUUCCUUACAUUUACAAAAAAA